CGCGUGAGCUGCUGCGAUGGGUAUAUUCAGUCUGGCGGAGCACGGCAUGGCUGAAGUGAUUUCGGAUCAUCCGGGCGAGCUGGUGAAGACAGACAGCCCCAACUUCCUCUGCUCGGUGCUGCCCACCCACUGGAGGUGCAACAAGACCCUCCCCAUUGCCUUCAAGAUUGUGACCCUGGGCGACGUCCCUGAUGGGACCCUGGUGACGGUGAUGGCGGGAAACGACGAGAACUACUCCGCUGAGCUUCGUAACGCCACGGCUGUCAUCAAGAACCAGGUGGCUCGAUUCAACGACCUGCGCUUCGUCGGCCGCAGCGGGAGAGGAAAAAGUUUCACCUUGACCAUCACAGUGUUCACCAACCCUCCCCAAGUCGCCACCUACCAGCGGGCCAUCAAGAUAACGGUGGACGGUCCCAGAGAGCCACGGCGUCACCGUCAGAAGCUGGACGAGGUCAAAGCGGGUUCGUUGGCUUUCUCCGAGAGGCUCACCGAGCUGGAACAGCUGAGGAGGAGCUCCAUCAGGGUAACGCCUCCUCACAACCAUCAUCAUCAGCCGUCUGCAAACAGCCACCAGUCCGCCGUUCUCACUUCCGCAACGUUUUCCAGCCCCCCACACUCCGGACUGACAGCUGAUUCCAGACAGAUCCAGUCUUCUCCAUCUUGGAGCUACGAUCAGUCGUAUCCUUACCUCGGCCAGAUCACUACUCCAGCUGUUCACACAGCUGGUCCACUUUCACCUGCUCGCUCCUCUCUUGGUGAGCUUUCCUCAAGGCUUUCAGGUCCGGACCUCGCGGCCUUUGGUGAUCCGCGGAUGGCUUUGGAACGGCCGUUCAGUUCCCUCCCCUCCCUGCCUGAAUCCCGUUUCUCCAACACUCGGGUGCACUACCCUCCUACAGGAGCUGCAUUCACUUACACUCCAACACACAACCCGGUCUCUAACGGCGCUAUCAGCAUCACCAUGGCCACCGCCAUGGCGUCCACCCAAACAGGACGGUACCACACCUACCUGCCUCCACCUUACCCUGCCAACACCCCUCACCAAGCUCAGAACGGGCCGUUCCAGUCCACUUCGUCCCCCUAUCAUCUGUACUACUCCACCACCACCGGCUCGUACCAGUUCUCUAUGAUGGCCGGGGGAGGGGCCAACAGUGACUCGCACUCUCCGCCUCGUAUCUUCCCGCCUUGCACCACUGCCUCCACGGGGUCUUCUCUUCUACACCCUUCUUUGCCCAAUCAGAACGAAGGAGUAGGUGUGGAGGUGGAAUCCAGCCACAGUAGCUCGCCAACAAACAUGGCUGCGGCUGAAGCCGUAUGGAGACCGUACUGACUCACCUGAGAUACUCUGCCGAAAGCGGAUUCACCUACAUUAGUGCUUCGAGUCUUCACAACAUUUACGUUUUUCAGUCGAGGGAGCAAAACCAAAGUCUUUCACUCUGUGACAUGGAGUCCACUCCAGCUUUUAAUGUUUCUGGCUUCCUCUUGUUAGAACCAACUAUUCUGAUCCGUCUUCUGAAAACGUCGCAGAAUGGCUGAAACUUCUUAAAACGUUUGGAUCUGCUAAGG